AUGCCGACCACCACCCUGGGCACUGUGGCACAGACUCUGGGGGCUUUGAGGGCGUGCACUAAGCGCUGCCUAGAGGCACCUGAUGAGGAAGUGUGGCUUGCCCGAGGCCACGCAGCAGCGAGCUCUGGGGACCCCAGCGCUGUGUUCCCUGCUGCUCCCCUGCCCCAGCCUGCCUGCCUGGCCCCCCAGGUGACUGUGUUCCACGUGGGCCCCCACCUGCCCCACCGGCCCCCCUUCCCCAAGACCCAACAAGCUGUGUACACCAGGGCCAGCCUCGAGCCACCAAACCCCGGGACCAUGAACCCAGUGACCAGCAUGACAGACAACAGGAACCUGGGAAGCAGCCUCCUGCGGCCGACCAGGGUGCCCGUCCCCGGCUGCGACGUGGACGCCGGCUUUAACCUAACCUCCCGGACCUCCAGCUGCCUGCAUCCAGCGGUCCCCGCCCCGGCCGUCGGUAGGCGCCGCCGGUGGAGCCAGGCGGUCACCAAGUCCCCUCUGAUUGGAUGGCCGCGAAGUCCCAGCAGCCGCCUCCGCACCUUAAAACGGGAGCCGAGAGCGCGUGGGAGCUCCAGCCCGCCCCGCCCGGCCCUGCACGCGGCGGCGAGGGGUGGGGGGAGGAGGAGGGCGGGAGGGAGCGAGGAGGAAGGACGAGGAGGACGGAGAGACGAGGCGCCCAGGAGGCGGGGCCCGGGCGGCCGGAGAGGCUCCGGGACCGACCCACCGACCGCCGCCGACGACAGCCGGACCGACGCGCGAGCCCGGAGCUGCACCGGCCGCGCGGCCAUGGCCGAGCUCAAGUCGCUGUCGGGGGACGCGUACCUGGCGCUGAGCCACGGCUACGCGGCGGCCACGGCCGGCCUGGCCUACGGGGCGGCGCGGGGGCCCGAGGCGGCCCGCGGCUACGGCGCGCCGGGCCCUGGCGGCGACCUCCCCGCGGCGCCCGCGCCCCACGCCCCGGCGGCGGCCGAGAGCAGCGGCGAGCAGAGCGACGACGACGACGCCUUCGAGCAGCGGCGGCGGCGGCGGCGGCGGGGGCCCGGGGGCGCGGGGGACGGGCGGCGGCGGCCUCGGGAGCAGCGCUCGCUGCGGCUGAGCAUCAACGCGCGCGAGCGGCGGCGGAUGCACGACCUGAACGACGCGCUGGACGGGCUGCGCGCCGUCAUCCCCUACGCGCACAGCCCGUCCGUGCGCAAGCUCUCCAAGAUCGCCACGCUGCUGCUCGCCAAGAACUACAUCCUCAUGCAGGCGCAGGCCCUGGACGAGAUGCGGCGCCUCGUGGCCUACCUCAACCAGGGCCAGGGCCUGGCGGGCCCCGUGGCCGCUGCGCCCCUGACGCCCUUCGGCCAGGCGGCUGUGUUCCCCUUCUCUGCGGGCGCCCCGCUGCCCUGCCCGGACAAGUGCACCGCCUUCUCCGGGACGCCCUCGGCGCUUUGCAAACACUGUAACGAGAAGCCGUGAGGGCCCCGAGCCGCCCCCACUCCCGCACGCGUCUCACAUUUUACCUUGCCACCCCACCCCCCCCACCCCGCGACCGUGUCACCCUGCCCCGACCGGCCCCCACCCACCGGAAGAAGGCGCCCGAAGUCGCUUCCAGCCUGUGCGCGCGGAACCGUGUAGGGCCGCGAGCUCAGAGCACGUCUGGGCGCGGUGGAGAGCGGAACACGGGAAUCCGCGCCCCCCGAGCCCUCGGUGCGUGCCCCGGGCAAUCUCCUGACUUCCGGCUCCAAGCCCGGGACGGGACGGCGGACCUGCCCUGCUUGGCCGGGCAUCGCCACGCACCCUGAAAAGAAAACCAGGACUGCGGCUGGAGCGGGGACCGGCGGCGUGACCCCGGGGGAGCGGGCCUGCUGGGCGCCAGCCCGGUUCUCACCGAGCGCGGGGACAGAGCUUAGCCCCGCCGGGCGCGUCCUCCGCCCAAGUCGUCUGCUCCCGCCGGACUGCAGACCGCGGGGCCCGCUCCUGGUGGGCGUGUUCCCGAGGCCGCGUGGCGCCUGCGCCGGGUACCUCGGGUCUCGGAGGCUCCGCGACCCCGUCGCGACCCGACCCAGCCCCAACUGGCGUUUGGAAGGAGCUGCCCUAAGAAGACCCCUGGCUGGCAGCUUCGGGGCCCCCUCGAGUCCCAGUGUGUUACGUUUAGUUCCCCGCCUGCCUAGAGGCGCGCACCUCUAGAGGUGAGCCGACACCGGCUGUCUCCAAGUCUGCGGGAUUUGUGCCCCCAAACAGCCCCCUGGGCUCCCCGGCCACCGCCGCUGACGCCAGCUCGUCCCCGCCGGGGUGCAGCCCUCGUGGAGUUGGAUGGAGACCACGGGGCGCCCUCUCCGCUUGCAGGCAGCCGCGUGGAGGACAGUCCUCAGUGCCCACGACCACGCUUGGCCUGGGGUGUCAGGGAAGGGCCUGGUCUAGCUCCGGUGACCGGCAAAGCCCCCUCCGCACCAACCCCCACGCGUUUCCAGGGGAGGAGGCCGGGGCAUGGAUAAUUGUAUCAACCUGGGCCACAUGCUUCUAAAUCACAGAGUCUAAAAAGUCCCUGAGAUGCAGACAGCCAUCUGUAAGCUGUCACUCAGCGAAUAUAUGAAAUACUGAGGAGAAGGUGAGGGAAAAAAAAACCUCUCUGCCCCAUCUUGGAUGAAAAACAAUUUUUUAAAAGGACCAUUUCAGUAAUGAGUUCUUCCAAUUACUUGGUUUCCAAAAAAAUUAAAUUAAAUGGGUUCUUUUAGAUGCAAAAGCUGUGUAUCUACUCUUCUGGAAAACGUCAGCCUGCCUCUCACUGGGGUGGAGUGGAGUCAUUUUUCAGAGCGAAAUUAGGUUGGAUUCUCAGCAACGCUGAUGAAGCAACCUGGUGUAUCAGAUGCAUGUCAUUUCAUACCCCCUUUCUUUUUUUUUAAU